AUGAUCGGACUUCUAGCCAUCACAGCUAUCCCAACGGUAACGGGGGUAUCCCUCGCUUCCAGCGAGCAACGCAAAGCAAACCAGCGCAAAGAAGAGGCCCGUCGCAUGGUCAAGUUCAACAUUGUAGCAGAAUGCAAUGGUGACACAGAUGAUGACCGCGAGUUAAACGGGAUGGUUGUCGUUGUAAGAGACGAGAAGGUCUACCUCGCCGAUCCAGAUCCCGCCAAACGAGACCCCCCUGCUUUCACAGCGCUGGCCUUCUAUAUCGAGUACCCAGAACCGGAAGAGUUGAAAUACCUCAAGCGCGAGCGCGGCCUCGGUCUCCCAACCUACGUCCAGGACAACCCACCCCUUCUCAACUGGAUCUAUGCAGAUACUGAAACGCAUGAGUUGCGGUACGGGAAUCGGUCGCAGAGUGUGGAGCAAUUGGUCGAGCCGUGGGACUGGGACAAGAAUGAGAGGAACAUUUCGCUCGACAAGAAAGAAAACAGGUUCAUUGCGGUUGAAGAGGAGGAGGGUGAAUGGGCGCUUUAUUAUGAUCGUGAUGACGAUGAGCUUGCGCGUGUUCUUGGGGAGCAGGAUCUGUUGGAUUGUGCCUUCGUACCCGCCACGCUGGUGAGGAAGGUUGUUGAGGAGAAACCACCACCACCUCCGACUACUCAGCCUGCAGCACCUCAGAGUCAGGGUCAGAAGUAA